AAUCACAAUGUAAACAAUAAAUAAACACGGAGCGGGUGAAUCCUCGGAGCGUCACGAUCGUGGAAGGAAGCCAAACAGGCUGGUAGGAAUAAUUAAACCGUUUUGUGAACGAGUGUAUUCACUGAUUGAGUGUUGUUUACACCUGCCAGACCCUAAAAAGAAUGCACAUUGCAAAGAAAUGGAUUUACGCGAAGCCGUUCGUCGAUGAGCCGACGCUCGACAACUUCGAGCUGGUGGAGGAACCGGUGCCGGAGCUGCAAGAUGGAGAAUUUCUUAUCAAAGCCCUGUACCUGAGCGUGGACCCGUACAUGCGCAUCUACAUGCUGGCCAACCCGACCGGCAGCACCAUGAUCGGGGGCCAGGUCGGCGAGGUGAUCGAGAGCCGGCACGCGGACUUCCCGGUCGGGGCGCUCGCGUUCGCGCAGGUCGGCUGGCGCACCGUGUCCGUGUGCGCACCGGCCAGCUUCGAGACGCGCAAACCGUACGUGCUGCCGGAGCUAGGCCCGCUGCCCGCCUCGCUCGGGAUGGGCGCGCUCGGCACGGUCGGCAACACGGCGUACUUCGGGCUGCUCGAGAUCUGCCAGCCGCAGCCGGGCGAAACGGUGGUGGUGAGCGGGGCGGCCGGUGCCGUCGGCAGCCAGGUGGGCCAGAUCGCGAAGAUCAAGGGCUGCCGGGUGGUCGGGAUCGCCGGCUCGGCCGAAAAGUGCGAGUGGUUGCGGGAGCUCGGCUUUGACGGGGUGAUCAACUACAAGGAGGAGGACGUCGGGGAGGCACUGCGCCAGCUGGCCCCGGACGGGGUGGACUGCUACUUCGACAAUGUCGGUGGCCGCACGGCCGAGACGGUCAAGGGGCAGAUGAAGCCGUUCGGGCGCAUUGCCGUGUGCGGCACGAUCUCCCAGUACAAUGGGCGUGAGCCGGCGCGCGUCACCGACCCGCAGAGGGACUUUGUGUGGAAGCAGCUGGUGCAGGAGGGGUUCAGCGUGCACCGGUGGACCGACCGGUGGUUCGAGGGUGUGCACCAGAACCUGCGCUGGAUCCAGGAGGGGAAGCUGAAGGUCCGCGAAACGGUCACGGACGGGUUCGAGAACAUGCCGCGCGCGUUCAUCGAGAUGAUGCGGGGCGGAAACGUGGGCAAGGCGGUUGUUAAAGCUUAAAUGCCUGCUUGUGAGCGUGAAAGUCGAAACCAUUUAUUUUUCAAACAAAUAAUAUAGAAUAUAACAAGAUAACUAGGGGGAAAAAUGAGCGAACACAAGCACAGGGCACAGAACAAUGAUAAUUCUAAAAUCUUCAAGAAAAGUUUAUGUUAAAUGUUGGAGAGCAUUUAUGGGGAAAUCAAGCCAACUAUAAGCAGAUAAGGUGAACGAAACUGAUAAGCAAUCUUCAAAGUGCCUUAAUAAAUUAGGUCGAAAUACAAACGCACCAAUA